UAUGUGUUGUCGUGGCCGAGUGGUUAAGGCGAUGGACUAGAAAUCCAUUGGGGUCUCCCCGCGCAGGUUCGAAUCCUGCCGACAACGCAAGGCACAUAUUUUAUGCAAUUAGUUUGUGUUACUAAUUUGUUUUUCCUACCCUUACAUAUUUACAUUUGUAACGCUUUUUUCAAGAUGUUUUAUUAUUGAUCGGAUAUUUUAACCAUUGUCAUUUGUUGUUUCCGAUGUGCUUCAUGUACUGUUUAAUACAAAAAAGCACAUACAGUUACUAUUAAUAAACUGUUAAUUGUCAUUUCUUAAGUUCUUUUAUUGUUUUCAUUUGAAUUGACACAAGUUAGACACAAUAGCGACAUUAUUUUUCCCGAAGGGUUGAUUGCGCAUUUCUGCAGUGUGACGAAGCUACAUAAAGCGUCGUCCUUAAACUGGUACGAUUGUACUUUCUUUUGAACUUUCAAAGUACAUGAAAGAGGUAAAAUUGUUGUACUUUAAACUGCAAGAAAAAACCCAAUAAAUAAGCCUUUAAUGAAUCGAAAAUACAUUUCAUUUGAAUAUAAGAGAAUUGUUUGAAUUUCAAUUUUUCGAGACAAAAUAAAAGAAUAGUAUAAACAUUUACUUCGAAGGAUUGUCUGUGCAUGUCCGGUUUACGACCGCGUUACUUAGCAACGUCAAAUGUUGUCGUAAAAGCGAUUUAGUUAGCUUGUAGCGCUAAUGGAGCUAAAGCCGCCAUGGAUGACGAUCUGGAUGAGUUGUUAGACGAGGUGGAAAAGAAGUUUUGUCGCAACAUUUCCGUCAGCCUGGCGAGUCCCAUGAAGGAUGGCAAGUGCGGUAAAGACUCCGGCGAGCGUCGGAAUGUCGGAUGUGGGCAGAAGAAAAACAGCAUCACUGAGGACAUUGACGCUCUCCUGGAGGAAUUACAGGAGGAAGACCUCAGUCAUGCACCUCAGGAUAAGAUUGCGCCACCUCCCAAAAGAAAUCGGGACGACCAGAUUCAUUCUCAGCCUGGAGGAAGAAAGUGCUGUCCUAUUUACCUCGGAGGAAGUGCCGUGGCAAAAGGAGUGGGAACGGCCGCAUCCAAGAGGUCGUGUGACCAGCUGAGGUGCACCUCCUGCGACUUCCGGGUGUUGACGUUUGACAACUGCGAGUGGGACUCGUCAUGCGAUUACCUUUUCUUCAGGAACAACAUGCCCGACUGCAGGAAACUGGGAGCCAAGCUGAGGAAGCGAAGAGGCUUCCGGGCUUACGCUUGCCAAUGUAGCUGGUUUACCGCCUCAGAGGUCACGGACGUGUUGCUGAAACCACAUCUUAGAUGGGUGUGCGCAAGACAUCCGGACUAAACCGUCUUCAUAUGCUACUCGCAAAAAAUAAAUAAAUAAAUAAAAAUGUACACACCUUGCUGUCCUCUAACGAACAUCUGAAUAGCAAAAUUCACCUUUUGGGGGAAUAUACAAAAACAUCCACUUUUUUGUCCAUUUGUGACACUUCUUAACUUUUGGUGAGUUGUUUAUCAUCAACACGGCAACACCUCCUGUCCGGAUCGGAUUAUUAUGAGAUGCUGUUUCACAAACAUUAUAUUGUAAUGCAUAAUAUGAACACUUACUAAACACUUGAACCAGUCUACCGAGUUGACAAACUCCAUCGUGCUGCUUCUCCAACCCAAUAUUGUCAAUAAAACAGUAGCUGUG